AUCAGGCAACAUCGUGUUUACUCAAUAAUAUUUACCCACUCCACGUUUUAACAGUUAUGGCUUUUAAAUUUAAAGUGGAAGUGUCCAGCUCAUAUGAUAAUUAUGUGCUAAUAUUCGCCGUAGGCGAAAGAAACUCCUUGAAGGUGCAUUAGAGCGAGUGCAAUUUGUAUGCGACGGCGAUGUAUGCAGACGUUUACGACGAACUUGCAGCAAUUAGCGCUCUGCGACCGCUGCGUGAUUGCAGUAUUCACUCACAUUUACAUCUAAACAGCCUACUCCGCGAACUAAUUGGUUAAUUAUUGAUUAAUUUCGAUUUAUAAUGAGGGUGUAGUAUUUGGUCGUGAGACGUGGGAGGCGUGCGGCGGGGCGCGUGGAGCCCGGAGGCGGGAGCGAGUGCCGGAGAAGAGACUGCCCGCUGUAUAUCAACGCGUUUAGGGACGGCACGCAGAUGCUUCUCGCGUCACGCACGCUUCGCGAUCCAAAUUGCGCGGGAAACGUUUUCAGGCCGCGAAAAACUGGCUUGUGUAGAUUAGGACUUAUGUACAUGAUUUCCAUCAAGAAAACCAACAGGGUUACCGUGUCGUAAAUUUCGUAAAACUUUUCCACAACCUCUCAUUGGAAUGUGUGCUUAUCAGCUCGGAAUAUUAUUGACAAGUGUAAUAAAAUUAUUGAUAAUAGUGAAAUAAUAAAUGAAACUUGAACGUUUAAGUGAAACACAUGUGUCAAAGGAUUUCUCAUAAGGAUCAAUAUGGGGACUUUGAGGAAAAAGAAUCACAAUCACGCGUCGGAAAAGCCGAAAGGCAAACUAAGGAGAUUGCGCGACAAUGCCAGCAGAGUGGUCAGGGAAGAAAAACAAAUAGAAGGCCAAGACAAACGAAUUAUAUAUUUCAACGGCCCUUGUCAGCCGGAUUCGUGUGGAGAAAUUGAGGAGGCGGGAUGCAUAAACGACAACAACCGACAUUAUUGUGUGUGCACCUCCAACGGAGAACCCACCACCACUGGCUACAAAUGUCCUAGGAGCACAGUGCCAGUGACUCCGCAGCCGAUCCACAACAUCAUCCCACCGCAGGCUCGCACCACCAACUCUUCAGACUCCCGGUAUGCCGCAUCACCACCCACCGCUAAAAUAUCGAAUUUACUGAUCAGUAGCACGAGGGUAUCGGAGGCCAAAGUAGACGGAUCCAUCCAAGAGGCUAACGUGACUGGCGGGACGGGGGCUCUCCUCGCGGUCACAGCUUUGGGGGCGCUGGUGCUGGUCAUAGUCACAGCCACCAUCAUCGCUUAUUACCUCAGGAAGCGAAUACGACUUGUAGAUGGCAAGACGCAACCGCGUCGGCCAGGCGAGCCUCUUCUAGCUGACCGGUAUAUAACGAACCCCCAGUACGGCGUCUACGGCGGGCAGCUGCAGCAUGCUGCCGCAGCAAGCAGCACUGUGAAGACUGACGACACCAAUGACUCGCAAGUACCACUGCUGGACGGGAAUGCCUUGACGUUUUUAGAGGAAGUCGGGGAAGGAUGCUUCGGGAAAGUUCAUAAAGGAUUGCUAAAAUCUGGGUCUGGAGAACAAGUGGUCGCUAUCAAAGUGCUGAAAGAAAGUGCCGGCCGCAGCGCGGAGGAGGACUUCGUUCGUGAAGUCUCCAUAAUGUCAGCUUUCCGACAUCCGAAUAUACUGACCUUGAUUGGAGUGGUGUAUAGGGAUGAUAUAAACGCGACACCUUGGAUGGUGUUCGAGUAUAUGGAGUGGGGUGACUUGGCCGGUGUACUAAGAGGUUCCAGAGGAGGAGGCCGCCCAGGGCCAGUUUUGGAUGAACCUGCGCUCCUUCAUGUCGCCUUACAAGUAGCCCGAGGUAUGGAGUAUCUUGCCGCGCGCCGGUUCGUCCACAGAGAUCUUGCUGCCCGGAAUUGUCUCGUAGGAGCCCACCUAACCGUCAAAAUUGCUGACUUCGGUAUGUCUAGGGACGUCUACACGUGCGACUACUACAAAAUGGGUGGUGAACGACCAAUGCCAGUGCGGUGGAUGUCCCCGGAAAGUAUUGUCUACGCUAGAUUUACCCACGAAUCAGAUGUAUGGUCUUACGGAGUAGUACUUUGGGAAAUCUAUAGCCGAGGGAAACAACCUUUCUAUGGGCAUAAUAAUGAUGGCGCAACAAAACUAAUUUUACAAGGCAUCGUAUUAGUGCCUCCAGAAGACUGUCCUAGAUUUGCAGGUGACUUGAUGCGGGCAUGUUGGAAAUCAGAUCCUAGGGAAAGAAUAGGCUUUGAUGAAAUCUGUAGGAAGUUGGAAGUGGCAGCAGCUGCCGGUGGAACAGCUGCGCAAACUCGUCUGCCGCGCCCUCCGCCUCCGGCGCAAGAUCCCGAGGGCUACUUGAUACCCGCUCAGCGUCCCGCUAUGGAUUACUUGGCCCCGUUGCCGGAACCCGAACAGGAGUCUGAAUCUGAACUAAGCGAGGAUGAGGAUGAUGAGUACACUUGACAGUCAGUGGCGGCACAAGCGCCACGGUACAUGCCCCAUUCGUCGCUUUUGGCUGCCGCCAACGUCGCCCUAACAUUCCCCCGGGAAUCUCAAAAGGCCCAAUUUGAUUGUUAAACCUUUCAAAACAAGAAUAAGAGAUUUUGAAAGUGUUCAUUGAUAAUACUCAAUUACCUAAGUGUGAUAUUUUAAAAUAUUAUUAGGUAAACCCCAUGUAGUUUCCCUUUAUCUACAUUUUUGAAUGUACUUAUCAAGGUGUGUUCUCAAUGUGUGCCAUAAACCAAAAAAUAUGUACCUAAUAUUAAUAGAUUUUAAAUUGUAUUACUGUUAUUAAUAUGAAUAUGGAUGAUAAUAACAUUCAAUACAUUACAGUUAAGCGAUAUAAAAUAAUUGUAGAAUGGUUAACAUAAAUAAUCUUAGAUCAACGCAAAAAAAGGUCUACCCUAAGACGUUACCCAAUAAUAGGUUAGUACCUACCUACCUACCAAAUAAAAAAUGCUUUGUAUUAUUUUUUAAAAUUUUUAAGGCACCUAUUCAUCGAAUAAAAUACGCAGUUCACUUAGACUUUCCUCACAAACCUUAUAAAACGCUAUUAUAUCUUAGUAAAAAUUUAUAUGUUUUCUUUAUAAAAUGAUAAUAAAUUGUAAUGUAAAAUUUCUACAAAUAAUUGUUAAUAUUUGUGAAGAAAUCUAGUAAAUACGUAUAUUUUAUCAAAACUAUUAUUGUAAGCCUGCGUUGCCAUUUUUAAAUAUCUAUCUACGUUACAAAUAUGUAUAUAACUAGAGAUUUGGUAACCAGGGUAUUCUAUAAAAGCAACUAACUCUAUCAUUCAGACUUGCAACUUGCCGUUACUUAAAAUGUAUUGCAGGAUUUUCAAUCAAAACUAAAUCAUAAGAUGGUUUUUUAAAGUAUACUGUAACAUUUUAAAAAAAGGCGAUAUUAAUUUAAAUACAUACUUAUACGAUUAAGAAUUCUGAUAGAAAGUAAGUUGGUACCUACCUAAGUAGAAUAUAAAAUUUUUCUAAUUAUCUUCGAAGACCUAACUGCUUGGGUAAAGUUGGGCAAUUACGUUACGGGUAGGUUUAGUGUAUAGCUAUAUGCGAAAUACAUAAUAUUAGAUGCACAAUCUCAACGUUUGCGCAGUUGCGCAUUACAGAUUUGUGUUGAAACGAUGAAAUUUAGAAAACGACCACGAAUAUAGAAAUAUCUUGUAGGUUCAUGGUACUCCUACUAUUGAGUUAUUUAUGUAGGUAGUAAAUGUAAAAACUUAUUUGUUCAGGUAAAAAAGUUUUAAUAUAAAAGUAGAUGUAUGUAAAGAGAAGAUCUGAAAUUUUAAAAACAAUCUAUACCUAUAAAAAUCUAUGGGGCGUAGAAAAUUAUCUCGUAUCUGCCACACCUACUUAUACUUACCUAAAUAAAAUCCUGGCUACGCCUUUCACACACAUAAAAAAAUAUUUUUACAAUCGUUCAUCUUUCAACGGCUGUCUAUUGUCUGAAUUUAUCUGAUAAAUGUGUACCAAAAUUAAUAAUUAUACAAUAUAAUUUAAUGUUAUGUAA